AAGAAAAAUGCAGGUUAUGUUUAGUUUGAGUGCAAGUGGUGGUGUAAGGCCGACAAUUUUUCGGCCUAUUUUUCUAGUUUUUAGUAUAGUUUAAUAGUUUUUAAAGUAAAUUUAUUAUUUAUGUUAGUAUUAAUCGGUAGUGAUGAAUUUGUUCCUCGAAACUUUAGUUAUUGUCGGUUUUUGGCUGGCUGCUUUUCUACUUGCAUUUUUAGUGAUACUUAACCUAUACUUAAUAAAGCGGAAUGGAUUUUAUAUAAGCGUUAAUUGUUGGUUCUGCAACAAAUGGUCAAAAGUUCGAUAUGAGAGCAGAAACAGUUUUGAGUGUCCAGUUUGUUUACAAUACAACGGAUUUAAGCCGGACGGAAGUUACAACAAAGUCAUCGAAGCACAACACGAAACCUCCUUUGUUAAAUACUCCCAUCGAAACAUUGAAACUUACGACAACGGACUGUGUACUUACUGUAACAACAAUCAACAGUUGAAGAUUCACCAAUUGGCCAAGUUCGCGCCAAUAAGAGAGGAAAAUUACGAUUUGGAAAUCGAGCAUUUUAAGAAACAGUUGGAAAAGGUCUACAAGCUGUGCAAAAAAUGUAAUAAGGUGUUAAAGUCGAAGAUCGACCAACAACAUUCUUGGUUAUUUGGAAAGCGUUUGAAAGAUAUUCGUAGAAAAGGAGCUUCUCUACUUACAAACAAACAAAAAUCAAACAACUUCCUCGGCUUUCUAAGACACAUUUUAAUAAUCAUUAGUAUUACAAUCUUGUGUCACAUUCUGAAUAUUCGAAUAGUAUACCCGAAUUUGCAUUUGGUCCAAAACAUGCAAACAAAUGUGUUCAUUCCUUAUGAAACGAUAUUCGUCAAUUUUUCUAACGUUUUACAUAACAAUUUUGAACAACUGAAAAAAAAUGUUGGGUUCUUGAAGAUGUAUUUACCAAGCAGUAUUCAUAUUCAAGCAAAUACCAUUACUGUUUUAUCGCUCAUUGGAUGGCUUCUGGAUCUGAUCUUAUCUAUGGGACAAAAAAGAUACAUUUUAUGGAAAGCCAUCGGUCAGAUUUCAUGGUUUUUGUUGUUAUCAACAUUUUCAAUUACUCUUAAUGACACCUUUGCAGCUUAUAUUUCUUCUAUAAAGUUAAUGGUAACUUUAACACUUUUGUACUAUUAUUUUUGGAUCGUACCGACUGAUUCGACCAAGACUAAAGACUGUCAAUUUAAGAAACUAGCCAAGCACAACAGCCACGCGGAAUCGUUUGAAGAGGAAACAGACGAAGAUGCAGCUCAAUCCUUCAACGCUUCCUGCCAAUCCAAGGCGACAGCUCCCAGAACUACAAGAGUAUCCCCGAUACAUCGACCAUAUUCUCCAAUGGAGCAGGACUUAAUUCCGAACACUGCCAGAAGCGCAACAUCUACCUCAGAUUUAUACAGAAACUCUAGUAAUAUUAGUAGCGAUCUUAACAGCAGUUUAGAUAAUUUGCAUUUAGGACACAAUUCACUACGAUGCAGUUCACCUAAUUAUUCAGUGAAACGGUCAAUUUUAUCGCCAGCGAAAUUGGGAAAUGUCACUCAAAAUCCCUGGACCGCCGGUGGUUUCUGGAAAAACGACGCCACCGUUUUUCCGGCGAAUAUUCCAUCCACAAACUUGAGCCGGUCGUCGAGCCAGAGCUCCGGAUUCGGGUCGACUCUCGACAAUUUAAACAACCAUCCGUUUAGCUCGCUACCCGCCUCGCGGGAGCCUUCUAUCAACGGCGAGGCCGACAGGGUUUCCAUUUUAUCCGAACCUGCUUAUCAUUUUACUCCCAUUAAUGCUAAUAACACUUCGCCUAAUUCGUCCCUGUUGUACUAUAAAGCCGAAAAUAACACGUUCUAUCCGGUGUUGAACCAAAACAGCAUGCUUUUUAUACAAAACGGCGUACCACAGCAGGGUUUCUGCAACAAUUCGAUAAGGAGUUUCGACGUGAGAAGCACGAAUUCUCAUGCUUCGUUCUUUGAAAAGGCGAACGCAGAUGCCGGGAGAGUGAAAUCUGCGGAUUUAUUCAACGAAAAACCGAUUAGCCCUUUAUUUAAAAACUUGCAUUUAAAAGAGAACUUUCGAAAACCUCGGUUUUAGACGAUUAACUGCACGUUUGUUUGGUUCAUUUACUAAAUAUAUUGUUGAUAUUUGUCCAAAUAUAAGUACUGUUUUGUGAGAACAUUUUGUUGAAAAUGUUAUUUUUCUGUGAUUAUUUUUUUGUUGAUUUUAUUGGUAUUUAUGUUUGGAGAAAAAUAUUGGUCAAAUUACUAUCUACGUUUAGUAGGCUUAAGGUUGAUUAGUAUUUAAGAAUAUGACAUUGUUUUUAUUUCAGUUUGUGUGCCAUUUAUACUGGUUUAUUAAAAAAAUUGUUUGUAUAAAACACUAAAUAGAUUAAUCGAAAUGUCUCGAAAUCUUUUACUUAUUACAAUGAUGUAAAAUUAAUUGUAACGUGUGCACUGCCGUUUACUAAAAAUGCAUUUUUUUUAGCAAUAUACAAACGCGACAGUUAAUAUUUUUAUUUUCGAUAUAUUAGGAUACAUGUGUUUAAUAAAUGUAAUUAAUCCGGACUAUUUUCUUUCCAGGUUCUAUUUCCUCUAUUCCUUUAGCGAAAAAUUGUGUUUACAACCAUCAGCAAUCUAGCUCGACAUUAGGCGGUUGCGCCAAUUUUUCCCUGUCUAUACGUUUCCACGUGAUGAUAUCAUAAUCGGAAAACCUGGGAUGAUUGGGCGUCAGAGGCGGAUAGACAUCCGCGGUUUUCUUCUUUAUCGCUCUAAACCUAGGCCUAUAAUCAAAGCGUUAUUUUCCGCUUAAAUAACAAACAAAUUUAUACCUUCUGCAGAAUACAUAACCAUCCUCUAUAGGUUUCACAAAGUCGACUUCAGUCGUGCUCAAAGAGGUCGAUCUCUUGCUGGCCUUUUCUUCAUAAGCCACAUGUCUCCUUACUAUAUCUUUAAGACCGUAAUCAUUUACAUUACCCUACAAAGCUAAUCGAUUAUAUACCAUCCAACGCUGAUUGCAACCGUUACUUACAUAACUGUCUAUCAUUUCCAGCACGGGCCGGGCUUUUCCCAGUCUCCUCACCUUCGGCACAUCCGCCUCGUUAAUGACGGGCGCUAUCUUCGGAAAAUGGCUGUAGGAUAGCGCGUAAGAAGAAGCGAAAUUAUCGAAGUAGUUCGGUGAGUUGUCAUCGUAUUUUGGUGGGCACACGUUCAAAUAGCCCUGUUGAAACAUGGUGACUGUUACAAAGGCAAAUCAAAGACCAAUGUUUGGUAAAGAACUGGAUAGAAUGAGCCAAAUCGCGCUAAGUAACAAUUCAACAUGCGGGAAAACUAUACAAGAGUAUUUAAAAGGCGAAUGGGAAAUAAUGGAGUAUCAGAAGACUUGUGUAGAUGGGAAUGUUGUGGAUUAAAUUGAGAAAGUACCUCAUGUUUGAAUAAAAUGUCCC